ACUCUGUUCUUGUUUUGGCAGUUUGUUUCGAUAUUCACGGAUUGUGAGUCCAGCGAGAAGGCGUUUUGAACUGCUAAUCCAACACGACACAGCGGUAUCGUAUGACUGUGCAGCCCCGUUUGUCCCAGCGAAAUGUUAGAUUGUGCACAUUUGGUUGGAGGCAACGUUAUUGAUGGAAAUCCUAACUAGUUACCCAACAGGCUAGCCUGCUAGCCAAGCUAAUUACUGUUAGCUCAGUUAGCUGAGAGCAGUGCUUCUGUGUUUGUGCGGAAAUGACCGAUUUGUGCUGGAUUUCAAACACAGCACCCGAAACCUCGACACUUUAUUACAGUGUUAAGGCAAAUGUUAAGACGGCGAAUCAAGCAUUAGUUUUACGAGCUACAAUCACAGCGCUGCCAGUUCCUCGCAUUGUUAGCGUCUACUGGCAAAAUGUGAGGUUUCCAAUGAUUUAUGGUCAACUUCGAUCCGAUCCACGGCGACCUGAACUUAGUUAGCGAGAGAAGGUAACGGAGCGAGUGCGUCACACUGUUCCAGUGAAGCCAGGCUCGUAUCAGGGCAACUUUCUCUCAGCCUGUGCGCGCUGCUCGUAGCUGUUAAUUCAGAGCGACACGAAUCCGAACCAUUCGUUUGUCGUAUUUAAAGUUUGAGCUUUUCGCGUUAGCACGCCGUCGCGUACGUGCUUCAAAAGUUGUUGGGUGCCGUUGUGUGGUCAGUGUUUACAGUAACAGGGAGGGGUUCGGUUCCUGUCUGUUACGACAAGUCGUCGGUUUUAAAGCGAAACCUCUGAAUUCCAGGGGAAUAACAGCACUAACGGCGGCGUUUGUUUGCGUGUGGAGCGUAGAUGCUAGUGGUUUAGCAGUGACCGUGUCCGGGAACUGGCGAGUGCUCAUUCACGAUGGCAGAUGGAGGCAGCGAUGACGACGUUAUUCACCUGGCGAGUUUCAACGUGCACCGCGGCCAAGGCUCCAGUGCCCGCCCAAGGGAACUUAUCACCAUUUCAGAUGACUCCGAUGAGGAGCCUGUGGCUCUGGUACCUGGCAGUCCGGUUCUAGUUCCAGAUGAUGCUGAUGAUGAUGAUGACAUCAAAAUACUGGAGCAACAAACUCCUGCACGAAGACAUGUGAUUCGCCCUGCAGCCAAAUGGAAUGGGGCCUGCCGCACCCUUGUUCAACAUGUAACUCAUAAGAGAUCAUCGUCGGGGAUUUCUACAGGCCACCCAGAUCCUGCCCCCUCUACCUCCAGAGAUGCCAGCGCCACGUCCUCCUCCACAGCACAGCCAGCUAUAAAAACACAGACGCCGGUGCAGUGUAGCUCAUCUGGACGCACGCAGGCACAACCGGGCCCCUCGUCAUGCUCACUGUCUCAGCCUCAAGUUGACACACACUCACAUCCACAGGGCGGCACGCUGGCAUGUACUGAUGCAGACUCUUCUAUCCAAACCUCAUCUACCUCCACGAAUGCCAAGGCGAACGCCGUCUCAUCUAGGUCUCCUACAGUUUUUCAGCCUCAGCCCAGCACAUCUGGACUUUCAAAGCCUCAAGCGGCCCCUUCAGCGCACUCAUCAGUAGAGCCCCAGGCGAGCACCUCGGCUGGUGCCACAAGGAUUCAAGAAAAGACUAGUGCAACUACUUUUACACAAGACAAGUCUCAGAGCAGUACGUCAUGGGUACAGCCUGGUACAUCCACACAGCUUCUGUCCAGUCAAACCGCACUUCUACGGCCCCCGGUUCUACAGGUCAAGGAGGUGAAGGUAGUUGUUCAUCCUCAUCACCCAAGCAUCCAAGCCUCUACUCUAAUAACCCAACCCCAGCUGCAUCUCAGGAGGCAGAACCUGCAGCAACCUUUUUCAAUUAAUGGAAUGCAGGGUAACCUCAUUCAGAUUGAACCACAGCCCCUGGCCCAGGCUCCCGCCCAGCCUCCGGUCCAGCCUCCUCAGCCCCCUCAGGUAGUACCGGUCAUUCCCUCUGCAGUGCUCAUUGCAGCAGCUCCAGAGAGGUUAGGACCCCAAGAGGCAGGUCACCGGAUCAUCCUGGGCAGCCAGGCGCCAGGGGAGGCUGUUCCCAAUCCCCUGCCACCAGCAAGUGCCCAUAACGUCAACAUCAGAGUGAUUCGUGCGAACUCCAAUCCUCCUGCUCCUCCAGUUCCUGUAGCUUCAGUUCCCAACUAUGUAAGAGUGGAGGCUCGUGCCGUUCUGGCUUCAGCUCCAAACCAUGAAAGGGUCAACGCAGCGCCUGGCUUGGUCGUGGUCCCUCCUGGACCAGAAGACCUUCCCCAAAUCGAGGAUGCCAGACCUGGGCCGUCUGCGCCACGAGAGCGAUUAGAGCAGCAUUCCCACAUCCAAACCCUGGUCACGGGUGUUUUGGAUUUGUUUCCUGAUGUUGAAGAAGCUUAUGUAGCAGAACUGAUCCAAACCAAUAAUGUGAAAGACUUGAAUGUUAUCUGUAACCUCCUGUUGGAGAAUUCAGAAUAUCCAACGAGGGACAUGACUGCAGCCACAGCAGCUCCCAGCAGCAUCCUGCUGGAGUCUGGAGACGCCCAGGCAGAGGUUAGCGAAGACCUGUUUGAUUACUCCAAGCUGGAUCAGGUGGGGCCCGAGUCUAUGAUGCAGGCUGCGGACCUGCUCAUGGCGGAUUUCCGCAUGCUCAGCUGUCAGGAUAUAAAAUGGGCUCUCAAUACUCUGAAGGGACACUAUGCAAUCACUCGCAAGGCCUUAUGUGAAUCUCUGAAGAAAUGGCAGGAUUCAGGGAAGCGACGACGGAGCAGAGCCUCAUCAGAGCGCUGCUACAUUGAUUUCCAUUUUGAGCAUGGUUCAGUGAAGUUUGACAGGAGAAUGUAUUUUUUGGAGAAUGACCGUCGCUACUGCAAAACGUACAUCAACCUGACGGAUUCUGUGCAAAAGGAGAUGACGUUUUAUCAGCAAAAAGCCAAGGAAUGGGCCGAGCACGAGGACUUUCUGCUGGCGCUGCAGGUCAAUGAAGACGAGUACAAGAAGGACGGUCAGCUGAUUGAGUGCGGCUGCUGCUUCGGGGAGUUUGCGUUUGAGAAGAUGACCCAGUGCUCGGACGGUCAUCUGUUCUGUAAAGAGUGCCUGGUCAAAUACGCUCAGGAGGCGGUGUUUGGCUCCGGAAAGCUGGAGCUGAGCUGCAUGGAGGGGAGCUGCCCCUGCUCCUACCCAGUGUGUGAGCUGGAGAAGGUCCUGCCUGAGAACAUCCUGUGCAAAUACAACGAGAGGCAGGCGGAGGAGGCGGUCGCUGCCACCUGCGCUGAUGAGCUUGUGCGGUGUCCGUUUUGCAACUUCCCGGCCUUGUUGGACAAAGACAUGUCUCUGUUCAGCUGUCCCAACCCUCGGUGCCGUAAGGAGAGCUGCAGGAAGUGUCACGUGCAGUGGAAGCAGCAUGUGGGCAAGACGUGUGAGCAGGUCCUGGAGAGGGACGAGAUCCGCAUGAGGGUUCUCUUCGAGGAGCGCAUGACGGCAGCUCGAGUGAGGAAGUGCGUGAAGUGUGGGACGGGCCUGGUCAAGUCCGAGGGCUGCAACCGCAUGUCGUGCCGCUGCGGCAGCUUCAUGUGCUACCUUUGCCGGGAGCCCAUCACCGGCUACAACCACUUCUGUCAGCACGCUCGCUCCCCUGGAGCUCCCUGCCGCCACUGCCGCAAGUGCUCCCUCUGGACGGAUCCCACGCAAGAUGACGAGCGAACCAUUCAGGAGAUCCAGAAGGAAGGAGAGGCAGAGCUGAACAAGAAAUGUGCAGAUAAUUCAGGGAAGAGAGUCGGUCCUCCUGCAGAGCCCAUCGCCGACGCCAAGCGGCCCCGUGUGGGUCCUCCCCCGGAGAACCUCCCCAACCCCAACCCCGCCGCGCCUCCUCCCCCCCAGGCCGUCCAGGCUCCCCUAUUCGUGCCCCCCCACCCCGACUACCCUCCCCCCCAGGGCCGGAUGGGCAUGUACAAUCAGGUGAUCAUGCCUCGGCUGCCCCCCGCGCCCUACGUGCCCCCCCUGCCUCACUUCCCCCCCCUCCACAACAACAACAUCCACCGGCGCCGCCACCACCAUCACGACAACCAACACCAAGGUAACAUGAACAUCCACAACCCUCCUGGUAACCUGCACCACCCCAUAAUGGACCUGCCCAUGCACUACGGACCACCAUACCGCUACUACAGACGCUUCUAACACUGACCACACACCGGAUUAUUAUUGUUUUGUUUUGUUUUUCAUUUUUGCGCGAUACCUGACUGGUUCUUUGGUUCUAAUAAAUAUUUGCUUCGCUCAUGUCAUGAAGUGAUCGAUUCUUCUAUAGAACCAGACUCAAAUCAGAAGCCAGAACCUUGGAACACUGACGCCAUCCCUGCAUUUCAUGUUUCUGCUUUGUUUUCCUCUUUAAAAAAAACUUAGAAUAUUUGCAGUUUUUACAGCUAUUUUGGAGAAAAUAAUAAAUGUUAGCAAAUCACUGUGUCUUUUGUGUAACGUGGGAGAGACACUGUUUCUAAUAAAAAUGUUCUUGUUGCCUUGA